CUGGGACGAAAGGAACACUCUUAAAAGAGAGCCAAAUAUCCGCAACGCCUAUAGGAGUCCUGAAGGAAGAAGAACUUCUUUACCUCUCUUAGUACACUCCAAUGCCCUCGACUGGACGGCUCUUUCCCAGCGCGCUUUCUGACCAAUUGAAAUUAAAUGAUCAAGCUUUAGACGUCUGGCGAGCCUACUGUACCGUCUCAUCCCCGCCAUGGAACCUUCGGACACCGAAAGAUGCGAUGUUGGGAUCCUGUUCGGACCACAGUCUUCUGACAUGGACGAGGCGCUGUCCUGCAUACGGAGCUAUGUUCUGGAACAGCCGGCAGUGCGAUAUCUUGUUGAUUUAGUGCUGGAGCUACCUUCACUGUGGCCAGAGAUCAAGAAUGCCUGGCCGGCUUUGAGUCAAGUUCCUGGUGAGGAACAACUCGUCGCAUUGGGGCGCUUCUUCAAUGGCGGGCCCUUCCCAGCGUCCGAUGAGGCAAUGAAUGUCAUCACCACACCAGUGACGGUGAUCCGACACAUUGUUGAAUUUUACAAGGUCAAAGAGACCAUGAAGGGAUUCCAAGCCAGAGACGUUCAAGGAUUCUGUGUAGGGUUUCUGGCUGCCACAGCGGUAGCUGCGUCCUGCGACGAGACUGCAUUCCGUGCGUUAGUAUCUAAAAUCAUUCGUCUGGCUGUCUGUAUUGGGGGUUUAGUUGACUUGGAUGAACUGGCUGUUCAUCGGGCGAGGUCAAUGGCAGUAAGAUGGGAUGGGGAAGAGGAUUAUGAUCGGCUAGAACAGGUCCUUGCAGCUCAUCCAGAGGCUUAUAUUGCGUGCGUCACCGACGCCAACAGAGCGACUCUGACUGUGCCAAAGAGCCUGGCACCGCAGAUGAUCCAGGACCUGGCCAAUCACGGCCUCUCGGUCCGAGAAAUCCGUCUGUGUGGAAGAUUCCACCAUCCUGACCAUACCGCGGCGGUAGAGCAGAUGUCAAGGCUCUGCGAACGAGACUGUCGGUUUCAAUUGCCCGAUGCCAGUUCCCUGUCUUUGCCCCUAAGAUCCAAUAUCAAUGGCGAAGUAAUACGUACGGGACAGCUACACACAAUCGCCCUACAAUCCAUAUUAUGUUUUCGAUCGCAGUGGCUCAUAACUGUGACGGCGGCGUUGGCAAGCAUAACAAUGACGGAUGAGAGCAUCCGCUUGGUAUCAAUCGGGCCCCACCAGUGCGUGCCUCGAAUGGCCCAAAGCAAGCUGAUUCGGACUGUCACUUCGUCGCCGGUCGACGGCUGCUAUGAGGCCAUCAAUGGUACUGGGGCAGCUCCGGUACGACCAAUCGCGGUCACCGGCAUGGCCUGUCGGUACCCUCAGGCGAAUUCAGUGGAGGAGCUCUGGGAGAUGCUGGAGCUGGGGAAAUGUGCCGUGAAGCCACUGCCCAACGAUCGACUUAAGAUGGUCGAGCUCUUGCGCGAGCCCAAGGGUCCGUACUGGGGACAUUAUCUGGAAGAACCCGACAUGUUUGAUCACCGCUUCUUUGGCAUCUCCGCUCGAGAGGCGGCGACAAUGGACCCUCAGCAAAGGCUUCUUUUGCAGGUCGCCUACGAAGCCAUGGAGUCAGCGGGAUACUGCGGUCUGCGCAGUUCUCAAAUUCCCCGGGAUGUCGGAUGCUAUGUGGGCGUCGGUUCAGACGACUACACUGAUAAUGUCGGGUCGCAUCAUGCGAACGCCUAUUCGGCUCCUGGGACGCUCCAGGCCUUCAACACGGGUCGUAUCAGCCAUUAUUUCGGUUGGAGUGGUCCGUCAGUGGUUGUCGACACUGCGUGCUCGUCGGCAGCCGUCGCUAUUCAUCUAGCAUGCCAGGCGUUGCGCACCAAAGACUGCUCUGUUGCCAUUGCGGGAGGCGUGAACGUCAUGACCAGCCCGAAAGUGACGCAGAACCUUGCAGCCGCUUCCUUCUUGUCCCCAACCGGGGCAUCUAAGGCGUUUGAUGCUGAUGCUGACGGAUAUUGCCGGGGCGAGGGCGCCGGACUGGUUGUAUUGCGGCCGCUGGAGGACGCCAUCUCCGAUGUCGAUCCCAUUCUGGCGGUGAUCACCGGGACCGCAGUCAAUCAGGGAUCUAACUGCUCGCCAAUCACGGUUCCAGUGUCCGAAUCGCAGAUGUCACUCUAUGGUAAAUCCCUGGCAGCAUCGGGCAUUGCUCCAGAGGAUGUCACUUACGUAGAGGCUCACGGCACUGGAACGCAAGUAGGGGACCCUAUCGAGUUCGAUAGCAUCCGGAGGAUGUUUGGGGGCCGUCAUCGGAGCGAGGAGCUCUACGUUGGUUCCAUCAAGGACAACAUCGGUCACACUGAGACCUCAUCCGGCGUGGCCGGUCUCGUGAAAACGAUCCUAAUGAUGCAGAAGGGUAGGAUCCCCAAGCAAGCGAACUUUUCGCGCCUCAACCCGAAAAUUCCCGCGCCAGAGGGCGAUCGGAUCGUCAUCCCCAAACAGUCCACUGAUUGGAAAUCGGCCAGGCGGGUGGCGAUGGUCACCAACUAUGGGGCUGCAGGGAGCAACGCCGCCAUCGUCCUGCGGCAACACACAAUUACCACAAAUACAGGCAGCUCAUGGCUCUCCGAUGUUCCGGUUUUCGUCGCGGCCAAGUCCCCAGAGUCUCUCCGGUCUUACUGUUACAAAAUGCAAGCCUUUCUUAGGCAGACUGCAGGACUUCUUGGCUGCACAAUGCGCGACAUCACUUAUAACCUCGCUAUCAAACAGAACCGGGAUCUAGACUUCCUCGUCAGUUUUCCCACCCCGAGCCAGGAUCCGAUGACUUUGUUGAGCCAGCUCGAGUCGGUGGCGGCUGGGGUCACAGAUUUACAGCAGCGUCCGGCACAGGCUCCGUCGGUCAUCUUGUGUUUUGGGGGCCAGAACGGGAACACGGCCCAUAUCUCCCAGGACCUCUUUGCCGGUUGUCACCUCCUCCAGGCUCAUUUGGCGGACUGUGAAAAGAUCUGUCAGUCCAUGGGUCUCCCCAGUCUUUUUCCGACUAUUUUUCAGGAGGAACCCAUUCACGAUUUGGUGAACCUCCAUUGCAUCCUUUUCGCCAUCCAGUAUGCCAGUGCUAUGUGUUGGAUCCACUCAGGGCUUCAGGUCAAACGUAUGCUUGGUCACAGCUUUGGUCAGCUGACGGCAUUGUGUGUAGCCGGCGGCUUGACGCUGAUAGAUGCAAUCCGGCUGGUCUCCGAGCGUGCCCGACUCAUUGAAACUAGCUGGGCGGGUGAUCAUGGCGUCAUGCUUUCUGUUGAUGCUAGCGAGGCCGAGGUCCGUGCCUUGGUGAACCGGGCUGGGGAUACCGUGGAUCUGGCCUGCUAUAAUGGAGCACGCAGCUACGUGCUUGCUGGGGACGAGAUUUCCAUCCAGGUUGUCGAAAAGCUGGCGGACGGGAUGCGGAUCAAGCGGUUGCCCAAUACUCAUGCCUUCCAUUCACGCCUGGUAGAUAGCAUUGUCCCGGGACUACGGAAACUGGCCCAGUCCUUGAAGUAUCACCCGACCACAAUCCCCGUUGAAGCUUGCUCCGAAGACGGGAGUGCGUGGACCUGCGUCACUCCUGACCAGAUCGUGGCGCACAGUCGCAUGCCCGUACACUUCGAUUCAGCCGUCCAGCGCGCAGCCAACCAUGUUCAGGGGCCCGUGGUCUGGCUAGAGGCCGGAUCAGCCUCCCCGAUCGUCUCCAUGGUUCGUCGCGUCGUUGAGGAGUCAUCAUCUUCGAGAGCCCAUCUCUACCAAGCAAGUGAUCUGAAGAGCCCCCAGGCGCAGGCCAAUCUGGCCAAAGCGACGAGUGGGCUGUGGGCCAAUGGUAUCCCAACUAGCCAUUGGACUGAGUAUGACCCUUUGGCCUUUCUUCCUGCCUCGGCCCCUAUCGCCGAAGCCUCCUCGGAGCCCAUGGGCCUGGUUCAGGUGCUGGAGAAGCGGCCCAGCGAAUGUCUGUUUAGCGUCAACACAAAGGACCCUCUAUACCGGACGUGCACUCAGGGCCAUGCUGUCGUGGAGCAAAAUCUCUGUCCGGCAUCCCUGUAUCUGGAAAUGGUUGUCAGCGCCGCCGGCUGCCUCUCCUCGGCGGGCCUCAUCACGGCGAUGCCGCACCUGCAAGAGCUCUCUAUCUCGGCUCCCCUGGUCUUAGAACCAGACGGGGAUGUCUUACUACGCCUGUCCCAAUCGCCAGCAGAGAAGACCGCGUGGACGUUCUCGCUCUUCACACAGGCUGGGCAGAAGGCUCCAGUCAGUCAUGCAACAGGAAGAAUCUCCCUGCACCCAUUCGACAGCACGUCGACGAUCCUUUCCCGUUUCCGGUCAUUGGAUCGGUUGAUGAACCCUUCGAGACCUGAUUCGAUUGCGAGCUUGCCAUCCUCAAGUGGCUUGAAGGGAUCUGCCGUCUACCAGGCCUUCCGCCGGGUGGUGAACUAUGCCGACUAUUAUCGCGGAGUAGAGAGUGUGUUUUGCGUCUCUACCGAAGCUACAGGGCGGGUCUUCGUGCCAUUGUCGCUCAGCAGAGAGAGCGCCUGCGACCCAAUCCUGAUUGACAACUUUGUCCAAGUCGCUGGUGUUCAUGUUAACUGUCUAGCUGACGUGCCGGAGGACGAAGUGUACGUCUGCAGCGCAGUAGGAGAGGCUUUCAUUGGGGAAGUCUUCAUGAAACGGGAUCCUGCGGCCCCCCAGCCUUGGAGAGUGUAUUCUAACUAUGACCGUCUGUCCAAAGGCCAAGUCGCGUGUGAUGUUUUUGUCAUGGACCAGAAGUCUGGACAGCUGGCUAUCGCUAUCUUGGCGGCCACAUUUACUUCCGUCUCGAUUCGCGCUCUCACACGAACCUUGGCCAAACUCAACAACCACCAACCCAGCAUGCUCGCCACGAAUGAACCUUCAGCUGGUCACAAGGAGGUCAAUUCCAUCCUAAAUGUUGUUGAUCGCCCGCCUCCCACGGCAGCCACAGUUGAUACAAACAAGUUUCCAGCCAUUCAGGCGAUGUUGAGUGAUCUGCUUGGUGUCGGACUGGAUGAGCUUAGCCCAUAUUCUUCGCUGAUGGCAAUCGGAGUUGACUCCCUCAUGAGCACCGAAGUGUUGACGGAGAUCAAGAAGAGAUUCGGCGUCAAUAUCACCAGUGCCGAGCUGGGAGAGAUCCCUGAUAUCCAGUGCCUGGUGCAAGCCAUUUUCCCCGGAGCAUCUGUCGCUCAGAAACAAGCCACAACAAGUAAAAUGCCUCCCCUGAGUGAUCUGGCAGAGUCCGUGUUCAAUGGCCCUGCUCCCCCCGACGCCCUGAUGCUCGCGCAAAAAGCCUACGAUCUCUUCGGGACAACCCAGGCCAACACUGACUACAGUCAGAUAACCAAGUGGGCUGGCUUCUGUGAAUCGGUUUUCCCGAAGCAAAUGGCUCUGGUAACGGCAUAUGUGGUGGAGGCCUUCCGGGCCUUGGGAUAUCCUCUCGAAUUACUGCAUGCUGGGCAGGCCGUACCCCUCAUCCCUGUGCUCCCUCAGCACGAGAGCGUGCGGAAUCAACUCUACGAGGUGCUGAAAUUCUCCAAGCUGAUCUGCAGGAAAGAUGAUGGGAUGUUCCGCACGGCGGAGGCGGUCCCCAGCGACACUUCUCUACUCUUGCAUGAGGAUAUCAUCAAGGAAUACCCGCACCAUGCCUCGGAGCAUACCCUGCUACGUACAACGGGCUCCCGGCUAGCAGAGUGUCUGUCCGGUAGCGCGGAUCCGUUGGCCCUCCUCUUCCAGAACGCAGAUGCGCGACGAGUGAUGGAGGAUGUUUAUACUAAUGCUCCAAUGUUCAAGUCAGCCACCAUGCACUUGGCCCAGUACCUCCAGGAUCUUGUGAUCCUUCUUCGCUCUCGCAGAGAUAUCAAAAUUCUCGAGAUCGGUGCCGGGACAGGAGGCACGACAAAGUACCUGGUGAGCCAGCUGGCAGCGGUCCCCGGGUUAAGGUUUGAGUAUACAUUUACGGACAUAUCAACUUCAUUGGUUACGCUAGCAAAGAAGAAGUUCAACGGGUACAGCUGUAUACAAUACGCCACGCUGAAUAUUGAACAGGAUCCUCCGGAUGAUCUACUGGGGCAGUAUGAUAUCGUUCUAUCCACGAAUUGCAUUCACGCCACGCGCAACAUUGCUCACUCCUGCGACAAUAUCCGGAAAUUAUUGCGGCCGGAUGGCAUUUUAUGUCUGAUUGAGUUGACUCGGAAUCUGUUUUGGUUUGACCUUGUGUUCGGGCUUCUUGAAGGCUGGUGGCUAUUCAACGACGGGAGGAACCAUGCACUUGCAACUGAGCAGUUUUGGAACGAAUCUCUCCGUCAGGCGGGCUACAAUUGGGUGAACUGGUCGUGCAAUGAUUCAAGGGAGUCAGAAAUUCUUCGUCUUAUUGUAGCAUCGCCUACCCUGCCCCAUGGGGCUUCGCAGAUACUUUUCCGGUCGCCUCUGGUAACGGAGGAGACCGUGAAGUACGAUGAGAAAGACGGUGUCCAGCUCCUGGCCGAUAUCUACUACCCUUCUGAAGUCGAUGAUGCACACCGCCGUCGCCCCAUCGCUCUUUUAAUUCAUGGCGGAGGCCACGUUAUGCUGUCCCGCAAGGACAUCCGUUCCCAGCAGAUCAAGAUGCUACUAAAUUCAGGAUUCCUCCCAGUUAGCAUUGACUAUAGGCUCUGUCCCGAAACAUCCCUAACCGAAGGACCAAUGCGAGACGUUCGCGACGCUCUGGUUUGGACCCGCCGGACACUCCCUAGGCUGUCCCUCAAACGACCUGACAUUCGCCCGAACGGUGACCAGGUGGUGGCGGUGGGGUGGUCGACUGGGGGUCAUCUAGCAAUGACCCUGUCCUGGACGGCCUCACUGUGUGGAGUCCGUGCGCCAGAAGCAAUCCUCUCAUUCUAUUGUCCUACAGACUACAGUGAUCCAUUCUGGUCGCAGCCAAACUUUCCCUACGGCCGAGACAUCGCUCCCCAGAUGAAGUGUACAAUAUUUGGGAUGCAGUAA